CCUGUGUCGGGGUGAGAUGGCGCGCGCGGCUGUCAGUUGGUUUCUCCGCCGCGCGCUGUGCUCGAGCCGCCCGUUAGGCGCUGCCCCGCGCCGGGGGCCGAGCAGCCCGCCCUCGGCCUGGGCCUACGCGGCGGUGGAGCCAGCGAGGCCGGAGCAGAUGGUGUUUGUCGAGUACGCAGCUGAACUCGAGGAGGCGGCGGCGCCGCCAGCGCCGGGCGGCGAGGCGACGACGCCGGCGCCGAGGAAGGCCCAGGCCUCGCCCUCAGCUCUGCACCGCCAACUCCUGGCCUUGGAGGCGCUGAGUCCGCCACCGGCAGCCGAGCCGCAAGUGACCGACCCGGGCUUCCCGGCGCCUGAACUGCCGUCGAGGAAGAAGAAGAGGAGGAGGGAGAGCCGGCGGCAGGAGCACCGGGUGUACGGCACUGCCGACCCGCUAGAGCCGGCCAGCAGCUCGCCGUGCUCGGGCUGCGGUGCCCUCCUGCACUGCGUGGACCCGUCCCUGGCCGGUUACCUCCCGAGCGAGAAGUACAAGCAGCUGCUUGAGGCCGGCGCCUUGCAGCGCUCCGUGUGCCAGCGCUGUUUCCUGCUGGUGCACCACCAAAAGGCGCUGGAGGUGCGGGUGCCGGAGGGGGAGUACCGGCGCCUGCUAGGCCGCAUCGCCCAGGAGUCGGCCCUGGUGCUCUACAUGCUCGACCUGCUGGACCUGAGCGGCAGCCUGAUUCCCGGCCUGCAGCGGCUGGUGGGCGAGCGGAACCCCGUCCUGGUGCUGGCCAACAAGGUCGACCUGAUCCCCGCCGACUGCCGUGACUACCUGAAACGGCUCCGGCACCGGGUGCUCGAGCACUGCGGCCUGGCGGACAUCUGCACCGACUACCGGGGCCGGGACGUGGUGCACCUGAUCAGUGCCAAGACCGGCUACGGCAUCGAGGGGCUGAUCUCCCGGCUCCAGAGCUCCUGGCGCUUCAAGGGCAACGUGUACUUGGUUGGCAACACCAACGUGGGAAAGUCCACCCUCUUCAACACCCUCCUGCAAUCCGAUUUCUGUAAAUCCAAAGCCCCCGAUGUCAUUCAGAGAGCAACUGUUUCCCGCUGGCCAGGAACAACAUUAAAUCUUCUCAAGUUUCCAAUUAUAAACCCCACACCAUACAGAAUGUUUCGAAGGUCAGAAAGAUUGAAAGCUGCUAAGUCUCAAACUGAAGCUGACCUCAGCGAAGAAGAGUUGAAGCAACUUCACCAACUGAAGAAACAGGGCUAUUUGGUUGGUAGAGUUGGCAGAACAUUUCGUAACACUCAAGUGAGUGGAGAACGAAACAAACGAAUAAUUGAAUGGGAUCCAGAUGAACUGUCCCUGAGUGCAGAACCUGAAGAAUCUAAGAAAGAAAAUGUGUCAAACUCCGAAAAGGUGGUGGAAUUCACAUACAAUGAACUGAAAGAUGCUCGCUGGUUUUAUGACACGCCUGGCAUCUUAAAGCAAGACUGUAUUUUAAAUCUUCUUACAGAUCAAGAACUGAAGUCUGUUAUACCAUCGUCAGGCAUCGUUCCUAGGACAUAUGUGCUACAACCUGGUAUGGUGUUAUUUCUGGGUGCCCUAGGUCGCAUCGACUUUCUGCAGGGAGAAAGGUCAGCCUGGUUUUCUGUAGUUGCUUCCAACCAGCUUCCAGUCCAUGUUACAAGCCUCGAUAAAGCAGAUUCGAUCUAUCAGAAGCAUGCUGGAACAGCAUUCCUUGCGGUUCCUAUUGGUGGAGAGGAGAGGAUGAAAGAUUUCCCUCCCUUGGAACCUCAAGAUAUUGAGUUGUUUGGAAUUGGUCCCUUUGAGGCUGUUGCUGACAUAAAGCUCUCUUCAGCAGGCUGGAUUGCAGUGACAGCUCAGUCAGAGGAUAAGAUUAGGCUUCGGGCCUACACUCCAGCAGGAAUUGGCUUAACAGUUGAAAAGCCGCCUCUUCUAUCAUUCAUUGUCAAUAUUAAAGGGGAACGAAUUAGAAAAUCCCCAGCCUAUAAACUUAAAAAGAUACUACCUGUUGUGGAAAACCUGCGAUUAUUACCUCAAAAACAUGACCUGCUCGAAGAAUGGAAGCAUACAAGAUACUUAUGAAAGUCACUAUCCCAGCGUUUGUAAAUAAAUUACACCAAAGACUGAGUUAUUAUCUGCUAAGUCCUAUUGUAUAAAUUAUUUUUGGCUGUGAGUUUUGCAAGGAAGUUGACUGCUUAAUAAUCACAAAUAAUUACCUUAAUUUCUUUAAUGGAGUAUUUACUAAUUUCCAGUAUGUGAUUUUCAGUGGAAUUAUAUCUGAAAAGAGAAGUUUUUUGUUUUUUUUGAGUUGUGCAGUCUGACAGUAUUGCAAAUAAAUGUAUAUUUAAAAUCUGUUAAGUCAUUUAAUUCACUGACAAAUUCAUUUAUAAUGCCAUGUGCUAAGGAUUGUGCAAGUCACAACAAGACUAACACCAGUUUUGAAUUUUUUUGUUUCUAUCAUGUGUAAUUAUCAUUUUACAUUUAAUUUGUGUACAUGUAACUUGCAUUGACAUGUAGUUUGUAAAAUAUGUAUGAAACAAAAUUUAUAUCCCAAGGCUACAGUGGCCUCUACAGUAAGUAAACCCGGUGAUGUUUUUUUCUGUUAAGUGUUUUUGUUUGAUUACAGGCAUUGCCUGACUAACUGUUUCUUAAACUUGUACUUUUAUAAAAUAUGAAUUGUUGUGAUGUAGACUUGUUUGGGCUGUACUCACCAGUUUGUCGGUGCCACAGCUGAGAAUAACAGAUCACCAGUGGGAAAUGGUGAGCAAAUCCAUACCUUUGUACCUUGAAUAACAAUAUGGUGCACAGAAGAGACCAUUCUGUUUAUGGUGUUUGAGCUUCUAAAUCUGUUUCCAUCAUCCUUUUCGAGCAGUGGAUUCCAGAUCAUCACAAUAUUUUUUUUUUUGCCAUGUCACUUCUGGUUCUUUACCCAAUCCACUGGUUACCCACCUUUGUCUGUGGGAAGUUUCUCAUUUAUUCUAGAUAUUUUUAAUCAGCCUGUCCAAAUAUGUUAUGGUAUACCUCUGUAGUAAAUGAUAUUUGAACCCAGUUGCUGGCUCAAAGAUAGGGACAUCACCACUGCACCACAGGAGUGUGAUAGUGCCACACUAUAUCAAACAUUAAUGAUUUUAAAAACCUGUAAAAGCACUUCAAAUCCUUUUAUUGAGUCCCUUAUUGCCACGCAAUUGUAGUCCCAUUUGGUGACUUGUACGUACUGAAAUUCACACCUAACCAUUUGAAAAUGUAUUUGCCUCCUGCCAUAAAAUGCACCCCUUUAUCCUAACUCUAUCUUCUAUUAAUUAGCCAAUCUUCUAUCCAUCAUACCUUAUGAAAUGCCUUCUGAAAAUCCAAAUAUAUUGCAUCCAUUGCUUCCCUUUAUAUAUCUAGCUUGUGCUUUUUUUAAUUAUUAGAAAAUAGUUGAAUCUGUUCAUUGAUGUUGUUCCACACUGCUGGAACAGGUAGGGGUGAAACCAGGUCUCCUAUCUGAGGUAGGGAUACUACCGCUGCACCGCAAAAGCUCCCUUCUAUCCUGCCUAUUAUUUCUCAAAGAAAUCUAGUACAUUUGUCAGGCACAACUUCUCCUUCGUGAAGCAAUGCUGAUUCUUCUUGAUCACAGUAUAUAUCGUUAAAUACUCUUUUUACAUGCUUUACACUAAACUCUUAGCAUAACAUCUGCUAUUAGUAAAAUGUUAACUUUGUUUUUCUAUAAUGUUUACCUUUUAAAAUUAUUUAUUUUUCCAGCUUCUACUAUGAAUAACUAAGGUAAUGUUUAUUUCUCUAUUUUGUGUCUAAGAUGACGCCAUGUAGGGUGACAUUGUAAACUUUUCACUGUACUCCCUUGAGUACGUGACAAUAAAGGAAAUUCAAUUCUAUUUUUCCAGAAUCCAAGGGUUCUUGGAAAAUUAAUACCAGGACAUUCACCGUCUUGGAGGUACUGAUUUUAGGAUGCAUCCCAUCAAGAUGAGGAGACUUCACUUUUUAGCCCCUUUAGUCUCCAUAGUAAGAUUUCUCUAGUGAUUGUUAUUGUAUUGAUUUCCUCCUUGUUUUGCUCUUUGAUUAAUAACAUUCCAAAAAUAGUCCUUCACUAAGAAAACUGAUGCCAAGUAUUUAUUCAAUUUGUCUGCAAUUUCCUGGUUCCCCAUUAUUAUUUCCCCAGCCUCAUUCUAAGGUUAACUUGGCUUCUUCCUUUUCAUACUUUUUAAGGUGUUGAUAUUAUUUGCAAGGUGCCCUCAAAAUUAGUCUUCUCCCUCUGUUUUUUUAGUCAUCUUUUGUUGGUUUUUGCCUAAUCCUCAGGUUUACCAUCACAUUGUAUGUUUAUUUUCUUUCAAUUUGAUGCUAACCUUAACUUCCUGGUUUAACCACCUCUUUCCUUCCUUUCACCUCCCUGCCCCCCAAAAAAUCUCCUUUUAUCAUGAGGGUAUAUCUUCUUUCUGAGCUAUGCCAUUGUUCCUCAAAACCCUUUGGACCAGAGGGUGUAAUCUCAGAGUAAAAGGUGGUACAUUUAAAGCAAAGGCGAGGAAUUUUUAGAGGGUAGUGAAUCUUUGGAAUCUUUUUAUCAUAGAAUCACUACAUUCGGCCACUCGCAGAAGAGUGUCCCAUCCCAUCCCCGCAACCCUGCAUUUCCGUGGCUAAUCUGCUUGUACAUCUUUGCACUUUGGGAGGAAAUUACAUAGACGGGGGAGAAUGUCCAAACUUCAGACAGUCACCUGAGGGUGGAGUCUAAGCUGGGACCACAGCAGCCAGAAUGUCACUUGAAUAUAAUUGAAUACCAUUAGAGAAUAUAGUGAUUUAUUAGAAUAACAACAGGGACGAGAGCUUCAGUUAAGUGGCAGGGGUGAAAAGGCAGAUUCUUCUCCUCAAAAUUAAGAUUUAUAAAGGGCAACUUUCCAUAGUCCACUGUAUAAAAUGAUUGGCAAAAUAAUAAGAAAUUAGUUAAGGAUUUUCUUUUAGAAAGUGAGCCGUUCUAAUCUGAUGUACACUCUGAUGGUGAGAUGGAAACAGAUUCAUUAGUAACAUCAAAUAUCUAUCCAGAAUAUCUUCUGGAAAUUAAAAACUGCAUUUAGGACAGGGGGAAAGCAGCAGAGUAGGACUAAUUCCACAGUCUAUUAAAGAAUCAGCGGUCAUGGCCACCUCGUGAGCUGAGGACAUUAGAAGAAUAAGACAGAAACAACAUCUAAAUAGUAUAUCUUAAGGAAAUGACAGAAUAUUGGAACUUGCAAGAUGUAACAUGGAGUUGCAUAAGACUGCAAUUGAUUGAAGGAAUCAAUUCUAACUUCAAUGUGAAAUCUGCUUCACUCCACAAAUGCUGUCUGACCUGUUCAGUGUUUCCAGCAUUUUUCAUUAAUGUUUAGAUUUACUUUAAUGUGUAAGAGUAAACUUUGAAUUCUUAUCAAUUUUAAUAAACAGCAACAAUACCAAUGAAUCCCGUGAUUGGACAAAAGUAUAAUGUUUACUAUGACUUGAUCCAAUUGCACAAAAACAGAAUGAAUCAAAGAAAUGCACAACAUUUACUCCUAGAAUAAUCUUUAUUCAGCAUUUGUACUACUUUUAAACUGGUUAUAGGGAAGUAGAUCAUUAACAACUAUGACACAUUGUAAUCAGGGCAAUUUACAAAACACAUUUACUUAACGAUAUUUUAAAAGUGAACUAAAUUGACCUAUAAUUGCCAAAGGUUCAGGCAUCUAAUUCUCUAGCCAUAGGGCUUUGUUGUGUAAGGGAAAGAUCACAGCUCAAAACAAACUCUCCUACUGUGGUAAGAACCCCAUAGCUAACAAUGCAAACAUUGAAUUCUAAACAUGCCCACAAACUUAAAUUACAUGAUUUAAUUUGAAGGAUGAUUAACUUGUGAUUUAAGUCAUGUUUGCCUCAGCUUGUAGUGCCUGUUAAUAAGAUUUCAGUAUAACAAAGACACAGUUAUUUUUUCUCCAAUGCAUUGACUGAAUAAUGGUAACUGCAUCAUCUUUACACAAAGCAAAUUCCUGGUUUGUUAGAGUAAACAGAAGUGUCAAUUAGAAUGAGACAAAAAAAAGUUAAGCCUCCCAAACUACUUUCAUCGACUUUCUGGCAAAAAGCAACACUGGCUUUACUAUCUGCCAAUAAUCUGACCACCUGGGAAAGGUGGGAACUAGCCACAGUGUCAGUGCAAACACUGAACAAAAUAUGAAGGUGCAAGUUCCACUCCAGAGCUCAAGCAAUUAAUUCAGGUUGACUGGUUCUGAGAGAGUCCUACACUGUUAUCUGUUGGAUCAAACAUGAAACUUUAUCCCACCUUCUCUUACAGCUGAAAAUAAAACCAUUAUUGAAGAGCUAGGUAGCUACUCCGUGUGUUCUUUGCGAAUACUUAUCCCUCAGUGAGCAACAAAAAGAUUACCUGGUUACUAUCUCAUUGCUGUUUGUGGAUGUCUGUUUGGAGCACCAUAUUGCCUAUAUUAAAAGUGAUUACUCAAAUAUUUAUUUUGCUGUAAAAUAUGGAAUGCCCCAGGUCAUGAAGUGCUCUAUUAAAACAAAAAUCAGAACUGUCAACAGAGGCACACAAUGAUGUGUUCUUUAUGGAUUAGUUUCCAAUAAUGUAGAUUUUACGUAGUAAAGUUGUACUGUCUUUUGCUUAAUAAACUAUGUAAAUGUCAGUUUGGUACCCAUUA